GUUACCCUGGCGCUGUGCUGCAAUGGUGAUUAAUUGAGUACAUGCCCUCUUUCUUCGUCUUUUAACUGAAAAAUCCAGCGUGGGAUGGCGAGCAGCAUUCCACAGGGGACAGCCCAGGGUCACUUCAGUCAAAGUUCCCGCCCCACAGUUGUGGCACUCAGCGAGCGAUGCCCUGCACAAGAGGAGAAAUGCGGAAGUACGUGGCUUAAAUACUGAAGCAAACCGGGAACCUCGGUCAAAAGAAAGACUUCGCAAUAAACCUGGUCCUUGUUUUGGGUUUAUUUUGUGUCUGCGCAUCUCCGGCCAGAAGUACUGGCUGGGCGAACUGUCAGACGUGUGUUUGUGUGUGUGUGUGUGUGGUUUCGCAGACCAUGGGAAUUUCUCCUCUCUUCAUUUUGGUGCAUCACAGGCGAGACCUGGGCACGGGAGCGAGUCUCUGUGGAGGCUGAACCCGCUCCCAAGGACAUGUCGGGUCCAUUAGCAGAGCCAGCCAGACUCUCUGCUUCCAUUCCCCCGUUUAUUCGGUUCCGAAGACUGGAGGUUGAGAAGUGACCCAAGCGAUGCCAGGCUUCGGAAGUAUUGCUUGUCGGCACUUGAGACCGAAGACCGUCAGGAAGUCUGUUCUGGCCUGCCUCCUCCUAUGGAUCGCCUGCUGGUUUCUUGUAAACAUGUCAGUCUUCAUCCGCAAGAAUAUCUUUGCCGAAUAUUGCACCGACCAGAAAAGUAAAGGAAUUCUCGGUCGACUGUGUCAUGACUAUCAGAAGGGAGUGCUGACAGGAGAUCUGUGCGAGGAUUUGUGUGUCACACAGACAAUGAUUUAUAAACGAUGCCUGUACUAUGAUAAAGGGAAAAAAGUUAUACAGGCUGAUUGGAAUGGGCGGCCAAUAAUUCUGAAAUCCAAACUAGAAGACUUCUUAAGCUAUGACAGCCUCUAUCUUCUGGAUGAACAAGAAAGCAAAUCCAUUCCUGAUAUUGACAUCCUGGUCUUUACUGCACUGGAAAUCAAACACUCCUUGGGUCUGGAAGUGAAGAAUGUUACGGUACCACAACUAUGGACCAAGCACUUAAAAGACAGAAGGGGCUCUUUCUCAAGAGCAGAGCUAGCCAGUAUGUGGUCCCUGUUGCAGCAGGAGGAAUAUGUAUUUUUCCAGUUACUGCAGGAUCUCAGUAAACAUGUUCUCAAAAUGGUGGGCUCCUGCGGUCAUUUCUAUGCUGUUGAGUACCUCACAGCUGGUCACGCUUGGCAUCACAACCUUUUUUCCCUGGAGGAGCUGGGCACUCGCUCCUGGCGAGGCAGCAGCAGCAAGGAAUUGUGGCAGGCAGCUAAUGGGAUUGCACUUAGCUUCCUUGAUCUAGCUAGGCACUUUGAGAAUGACUUUUCCCACCAGCUUCAUCUCUGUGACAUCAAGCCAGAGAACUUUGCCAUCAGGGCUGAUCUAACGGUUGUUGCGAUAGAUGUAGAUAUGGCAUUUUUUGAACCCAAAAUGCGUGACAUCCUUGAACAAAAUUGUACAAAUGACGAAGACUGCAACUUUUUUGACUGUUUCUCUCAGUGUAAUUUAAAGACUAAAAGAUGCAGAGCAGAGCGUUCAAAUAACAACCUGCAGGUCAUUUGUGAUAAAAUAUUCCGUCCUUUAUUCUCACCACAGCUGAGUGAACUCAGGGUGUACCAUCCAUUGCAAUCCCAGCUGUAUAAAGCAGUACAGAGGUGUGCUGAGCUUUCCAACCAUGGGACUGUGGAUAAGAAGACGACGGAGGGCACAUUCUCUGAACUGUACAAUUUGUUUAAGGCUGGUCAGAGAGAACAAUGAAAUAAAAGCAACUAACUGACUACCCAAAUAGUUAAAGAGUAGCCUCCAUCACAUUGUUCAUCUACAUUGGCAUCCAAGGGACCUCCACAACAAGCCACUGUGUUCGCUUUACAGGUGAUCAGAUCUAACUAUCGUGACUAUUGUACAAAUUUGGUGUUUACAACUGGAACAACAGGGACAGUUUUAACCAGCAUGCGAGAAUAUGAAGGCUGAAAAAUAAUUCCUUUGUCAUCUUAGCUGAUCUUUGUCCAUUUCUUUUCAUCCAUCACCAGUUUGACAACAUGAACAUUGCAGGCAGCUGAGACACCUGAAGUGCCCUAAUCCUGGAUGGAGCAGCACUCCUAUAUUGGAAAGGAUAAUUGGCUUCUCUGUCUGACGUUGACAUGGGAUGUCAGUGGAACCAGUAAAGAGGAUGUGGGUUUGUGGCAGGGAAUUCCCAGUCUAGCCUUAACCCCUAACCUGAUGAAGCCAUUGCACAGUUAGAAGUGCGUGGUGACUGGAAGGACCACUGUGGAGGGGGCUGUGAAUACAGCCCUGGGGUAAGACUCAACUCCUCCCUAUCACCUAUCACCCUCCCAAUCCAGGCUGUGUCUUUGGGGCUGACCUAAUGCCAGCCUGGGUCCCCGUGGCUGAUCUGAUGCAGAUAAGUCGGGCUGGAAGGUCCUAGUGUGCAGUCACAGGGAGUGACUGGACCUGGCACCAUGGAGCAGUCAGGACCUGGGUCACAGGCAAAACAAUGCUCUGACUCAGGGAAUGGGCUGCGCCCAGCACCAGAGAACUGAUAGGAUCUAAGGUCAGGGAUCAAGAGAGUCAGGGACCAUGUCUGGCUGAAUUCGAACUUCUAGACUUGGGUCUAGAUCCCGGACCAUAUCCAGGGAUACCACACUAGUGGACACAGGUCUGUCACUACAAAUGUCCACAAUACUGGUGGAGACGGGUUUCCCACUGCCACUAAUUUCAAUUCCAAAGAGCUCUUUUGAAGAGCUGAUAUAGGCAUGGUGGGUGUAUGGUCCUUUGAAUUACCAUUCCUUCCCCUCUCUCUUGCUCUGUACUUCAUCUUGUUAGGAACAGGCACAUGUACAUGAACUUAAGGGAUUCCACAACAGCUACUGAGAAAGAACAUGGAGCAAUUAUGUCCUGCUUUGGGGAAUUCUGAGGGCUGCAGUGUUUUCAAUAUAUCGUCAGAUUUCAGGAACAGGUAAUGGUAGAUCCUACUGUAUAGUAUAUUUUCUUUUUCCUCUUUCACUUAAUAAUAUGUCACAGAGUGCUAACAGUUAUAGAAGACCAUUUGGCCCAUUGAAUCUUGUGUUAUGCCAUGAAGUACAUUUCCACCCUGCCCAUAAACCCCAUCCAUAACAACCCUCAUCCACAAACUCUCCCUCAUUAUUGGAAUACAGUGCUGGCAACUCUGUCACUGAGGCUGGCAGAAGCCUAGAGAAUGGAAUGUAAAGUAGUCUUGUGUUGACAUUGAGACCCAACAUAGAACUGAAGUCAGAAAUCCAAAAACCUAACUUUCACCUAACCUACUUGCUGAAAACUAUUGGGAAUGAUUUCACAUACUGCAGGAUUCAGUAGUUAGGUCUGAAAACAAUGUGCACUGGUGAACUGUUUGCAAUUGAAGGAAUUUUUAACUUUGGAUUUGUUUUUAAUCUAUAUUUGGGAUGUGGGAGUCACCAGCAUUCAACCUGUACCUCUGGUUUAUCAAGGCUUUCAGAUAUUUUCUCUGUCCAAUCCAUUCAUAAGUUUAAACACCCAUAUCAAUCAUAAUGGCAAUUAUUGAUGCUUUAAGAAGAACAACCCAAUUUCGAUUCACAUAACUAUAAUCCGUCAUACAUGGAGCUGUUUAUCCUUUAUACCCUUCAUAACUUUUCUGAACGGUGAUGCCUGGAUUUGGAUAAAAUAUUUAACUGGGAUCAAACUAGGAGUUUCUUCAAGUUUAGCUUAACUUCCUAGCUUUUGUGGUUUAUGUAUCUAAUUAUAUAUGCUAAAUAUUUAUGUUUUUUAUAUUCUGUUACCUUCAAAGAUUUGUGCAUAUGCACCAACAGUUCUUGUUAUUUUUAUGGUCCUCUUGAAAUAGAACCAUCUAGAAUUUUGUCCUGUUUUUAUGGCAACUUUCCACAUUGUUGGGUUAAAGCCUUUGUUAAACUGGACCACAACAGCUUAGCUAGAAGUAAAGUUACUUACCUUAUUUGGAAUGGAAGUCCCCGCAGAACUUCCAUUUUCCCCUCAACCCUGCUUCUUUCCCACUUAGAGUGCACUCAGUGGCAUUGCUACUGUCUGUCCUUCCAUGCAAGUGGUCUUCAACAUAGAGGUGUACCAGUUCAUGUGUUGAGGGAAUGCAGCAGGGUGAUAAGCAAGAGCUGACUGGCGUCAAAAGAAUGUGCUGCUAUUCUUCAGCUUCAUAAAGAAGACUUAUUCCUUGCUGCACCAGAAUAUUAUGCAUGUAUUUCUUUACCUUGCAGACUAUUAGAGGGCACCUCAGGCAUCUUACAUCUUAUAGCUAAUGGUCCAUUGCAGUGUCAAUGGGUGUCCACUGCCAUAUUUCCCAGCCUGAACUUAUGUGUCAUUCUUCAAAGGCAAGGGUGAAGAGGAAAGCAAAACAGUCACAAGGCUUGUAACUAGAGAUGGGAGGGGAUAAAUUAAUAGGCCAUAGCUGUAAGUGAGCUUCUCAAUUCCACUUCCUGAAACCAACCCCUGCUGUACGAAUCCUUGCUCACCGCUUAUUUAAUCUGUAUUGAAACCAUUAAGCUGAUUUGUACAACAAUGAUUUACUGACUCAGAAAGUGCUCUACACAACAUACUGCAAAUCAACAUGCAGAAGUAGUAAGGUUUUUAAUGAACAGCCAACUGA